UACUAAUAAUACAAUAGGUCAUUCUAGCCUUCUUGAUAUUCUCCUGGUUCAGCUUCGUCACCACUAUAUUCACGAUCUUUUUCGUACGUAAAAGUAUGAUGGAGGAUCUGCUGAAUGAUUUCGACAAUAUACUCGUUAGCUAUGCCUCGGUCCUCCGAAGAUUCUUUCUGCGUUGGAAGAAUACUGACUAUCCCGGUCCUGGCAUCUCGAAGCAAGCGUGCUCUCGAGGACUCAUCAUGCUGAGCGACCAGCAGCUGGUGACAGGAACGGCAAUCCUCGUGGUGUCCUUUGCGAAACACAAAUCCAUGACCCAAUAUCACUUCGAAAUAGCAUGUACCCUGGCCUGGAUGGCCUACGCCGUUCAUGAUACCAUUAUCGUCGCUGCCCUCGACCACAUUCGCGCCCAUCCUGAAAUGAGAUGGUGGCGAGCCCUGUGGAUAUCUAUUCUUUUCCCCAUGCUUUUCGUAUCGCAACUGGUGACAUUCCAUGACAAGUUCCUUUAUGUAUGGGGUAACAGUAUUCAAUACAUUUGGGACGACAUGGAAUCCGGAUAUCCGCGAGUCAGUCUUUUCCUCCUAGUGGUCCUUGUUCUCAUGGUGCACGGCUACAUCAACACCAUGUACUCGCUUUAUCCUGAAUACCUCAUGUGGGUGGGUGUCGUGGGAAGCUACGUUAGUUGCGCGCUCAGGUCCCCGGGUAUUCUUUACUUGAUUGUGAAAAGCAAAUAUGAGGCAAGCCCACGGUCACAGAAACCGCUCUGGUUGGCUCUCAAAGCCACCACCUUCUUUCUCUUCAUUAUUUUCUUUUCCAUUUAUCAAAUCGUGGACUCUACGCUGUUCUCCACAGUCCGACUUUACAUCGUACUCAUUUGGGGCACUAUGUACCUCGUCGAACUCAAGGGUCGUGCCCCUCGCGAGGGCCUACAAGGCAGUGAGAACGAAUGGGGAUUCGGGCAAAUUCUACCCAUUGUUCUUUUGGCGUUAACUUUCUUCGGUAUAGGAGAGGUUUAUCAUCGCGAUUUUUCGAACGCAAAAUCGAUGUCGGAUGACUCUUUUCAAGAGGGAGAAGUAGCAAGGAGCGAUACUUUACCUGAGGAAGGUACCAAGAAAGACCCGCUAACACUACUUGAAAAGUCUCUACUUGGUUUUGCUCUGUAUAGACUCUUUCUUGUGGUUUCGGCUGCGGCGAUGCUUGCUGGGUUCACUAAGCUUGCUGUUGUUGAUGGUUAUGUGGUCUAGCCUGGCUUUCUUUCCUUUUCUUCCUUCCUUUUUUCAUAUAUAUAUAUAUAUAUAUAUCCUUUUACGGUCUUCUGUUGCAUUGUUUACGCAAUGUUUCAGACGCCUU